AGACUGAUUCCAGAAAAUGGUUUUAUUAUGAAGAUUAUGAAGAUAAAAUACUAAAUCUGAAAGAAAGAGAGGCAAGAAAACCAAAAUGGUGGUUUCCGGUUCCCAAUCCAAGAUGGCGGAUUCCAGUUCCAAAUUCAAGAUGGCGACUUGUCCUGGCUCAACUAGAAGUCUUUUAUUCACUACAUUAUUGCUUUUAACAUUAACAGAUGUAUGUUUAUGUACAAACUACGGUACAUAUAUUGGAAGCUUGGAGGACACUGUACCCGGUGUGGCUGGUGACCUAUACGCCGUUGAUAAAACAACAAUAUUCAUUUCAAACAUGUCCUUUCCAACCUUGGGCUCAGGAACAUUUAUGUACGCUGGUACUUUGAACCCAGACGGUUCGUACACUAAAACUGGCUAUCCACUUACAAACUUGGAAGGAGUAGGAGAAGAGUUGAAGGGAGAUAAAUCUACAAUUCUUCUCUCUUUUCCUCAGGGAAAAUCCAUUUAUGCUGUAGACUGGAUAGGAAUGUUAGAUCGAAAAAAUCAGAAAAUGAUUGGCCGAGUUCUUGUAUCAGACAAUGUAAAGUUGAAUAUACCUAGACCAAGACAACUUGGACCUUUACAGGGAAAGGGAGAGGCGACAGCUUCUGACGUCAUAAUUUUGGAUUCUCGAUCAAUUCUUCUUCAAGAUUUUACUUUUUCAGGAGAAAUUUCAGACACAUACUUCAUGAUUGGAAAAGGCGGUAAACCGUCGCCAUUUGGGACACAAGUAACAGAGGAGUCCGGCUCACUAGCGCCACUUGGAAAGUACCGACAGAAAUCAGUAAUUCUAAACCUACCGCCUACAAUAGAUGUCUCUGAGAUCGACUGGUUUUCUAUUUGGUCUCAAAGCCUUCAGAGUAGCCUAGCAGAGAUUGAAAUUCCACGCGUUCUGAACGUGCCUCCUUCAAGGAAGCUUUUAGCCAAUCUUCCCCAGGAAGAAUUAAAUUGUGAAGUGCUUGCUCCAGAGUUAGGAUUACAACUCAGAUGGACUAUUGUUGGAGAAAGUAUACUGCUGCAGAUAGAGGGAGAUAUAGGAAGUGAUAUGUACAUGGCAUUUGGAGUAAAGACUGAGGACUCUGAUUUAAACACUGGGAAAACUCAGGGUGAUGUAGUUGUUGGUUGGAUUAAUACUGGAACAGGGAAGGGUGGAGUGGACGACUAUUUUCUAUCUGGAAAAGAUCCUUGCGCUGAUGGGGCAGAGAGCUGUCCAGAUACAACCAAACAGGGAGGUAUGAAGAACGUAGAACUGCUAAACACUAUUUCAAGAAAAAACUACACAAUGAUCACUUUUAAAAGACCUUUGCUCUCUGCAGAUCCCUAUGAUGUUUCUAUUUCCUCCAAGGGAAAACAGGAAGUAUUUUGGUCUGUAGGGUAUAAGAAGGCGGAUCUUAGAAUGAAUAACAAACCUCUUAAAAAUCAAGAUCCAAUCUAUAUUGAGUUUGGUCGACCUGUAACCUGGAAUUGUCCUUUAGAGAAACAGUUACACAAACUUCAACCUACAGUUGUCAAGACAGGGCUCACUGAAUCUUAUUCUGAUGACUUUACACACACUUAUAAAGGCAGGGGGUCAAGUGAGAAAGAUGAAAACUCCAUUAGAAGAAUUGAUCUUAAUUACGAUGAAGAUACUGAUGAUUACAACUACGAUUACACCUACACAGCUGAAGAUGAAUAUCUCAACAAUAAAAAACGAUAUAAGCCCUUUUCCUCUCCAUAUCUCCCGCCCACCCCCCCUCAAAGACCACCCGCAGCAGGUGUAAAAAACUCACUAGAGGGCGGGGAACCUAGGCCAGCCCUAGACAAUUCUAGGCCGACAAGCAUGGACAUGAAGGACGCACUUCAAGCUCUUCAGGCACAGUUUCCAAAGAGAGCCGAUGGGCAGAAGACGACCUUGGAGUUAAUACCUGAACUUAAUAAGUUCAUAAAACCAUUCUUCCCAAAAGGCCCUCCGCCCGGAGCAACUCCGCCUCCAGGUGCACCGCCCCCUGGGGCAGCACCAACACACCCUCCGACCCCGUUAGACUCGAACUGGGAGGUUCCAUCACUAGGUCUAGGAGAGCAUGGACAUGCCUGGUAUAUAAACGGUGAACUCGCACCAGACUUAUACCUUGCAAAGGGUAUACAGUACACAUUCAUAGUGGAGGGAGGAAUGGGGACUGAUGACAACGGAGUGAUCCAUCCUUUUUAUCUUACCUCCGACAUUGAAGGAGGAUAUGGAACAAAAUCAGAUUACGAGGCCCAGAUGGAGGAAGUGUACGGUGGAGUAUCCUUUAACAGUCAAGGAUUACCUGUUCCCGCCAUAAUGGGUCGUCUUUGUAUCUGGAGAACUAUGCGCUCACCUCAAACCUACGCUACAUAUCAGGAUUUUAAAGCACAGUUGAAGUUAGAAUGCCAGGAUACAGGGAAUUCAGGUGUACUACGAUAUGAAGCAGAUUAUGAAUCCCCAUCCAUCAUUUACUAUCAGAGCUUUACAGAGAAGUUUGUUGGUGGGAAGAUUCACUUGUUAGAGUACUGUAGUAAAGAUAUUUCUAAAACAUCUCUCUCAUCAGACAAAGAAGACAAUAAGACUCCACGACCACAGUUUACUGGGCCUGGUAGUUCCUAUAGUUCCUCAACACCCCGCAGUGUUCCAUUGUUACAGAAUACAGGAACAAUAUUUAAAAGGAAUCCUGGAACAGCGACGGUAAGGGCGAAAGUUCCUCGAACCUCGGAGAAACCAACUAAAAAUAAAAAGAAGAAGGAAAAAAGUAAAAAGAAGGUCUGUAAUGGAAGUUUCCAGAAUUCCAUGCCGCAGUUUGAACAUUUUCCAGUCACCGAUAUUUUAAAGGAGGGCUUAGAUGAUGACUGUAAUGAGAAUUUCACAAACUUUGAUUGGAAUGAUGAUGAUGAUGAUGAUGAUGAUGAUGAUGAAUAUGAGGAUUAUGAUGAUUACGUUCAACCAACAAGAAAACCUCUGAUUUUUAAACCUCCUCCAUUCAAAACCUCUUCCUUGGGUAUUUUCUCAACCUCUAAACCUUCUGUGUAUUCCCCCACCCUGAGAUCUGGACCUAUACCAGAAUUAUACACAGACAACUUGAACUCUGGACCUCCUGCUAAACCUGCAGACUUUGCCUUCGAUAGGUUUGAUGACAACGGUGAAUCCGGAUUUGGAUCCGGGUUUCCGAACCUGUUUUCAAAUAUGCCUGGGUUCAGUGGAUUCGGAACAUCCAAUCCUUCUCCUCCAUCUUCUCCCUCUCCUUCUCCUUCUGCUCAACCUACUCUUGAGUCAGGAUCAGGAUCAAGGUAUGAGAAUACGCCCCGGAGGGAUGGAUACAGGGAGAGGGAUGAAACCUACUCCAGAACUACUCAGCCCUCCAUUAGAACACCAGACCCUCCUCCAUACGAGUUUUAUACCCAGCGACCUGUUGCAAAAUAUCCUCCUAUUGUUGAAGAAGUUGAAACGAAUUUGCCGAGUUUACUGCCGCCCCCUGAGACGUUUUCUCAGUUCAGCCUGGCUAAUCAGGAUAAAUAUAAGAAAGGACUUUAUGAAAAAAAGCCAGAAUCUCCUCAAAAAAAUCCCUUUCAGGCUUUAUUCAAUCCUAUCAGAGACAUGUUUAAAAGGAAAAGGGUUGAAGAAAAUAUUGGAACCAAAUCUAAUUCUUUGCGAAGGUUUGAAGUUGAGCAAAACAGUCCUAUAUACUCUUUAACCCCAGCUCCUCUAAGGACCAGGAUAAAUGAUGGUGCUUCUCAUAGCUACCCCUCGAGACCCAUGAAUGAUGGAUUGAUGGGAUAUAGAAAUCCUGCACAGUCAAAUCUUCCCAGUUUAAACUAUCCUGCACCUUUACCACCACCCAGCAACUUUCCAGCCUUUAAAAAGACGACAUCUAAACAUUCCUUACACAGUAUAAUGGGAGCAGAUCGACCAAAUGGCGGAGACCUCUACAGAGGAGGCGGAUCUUUGUAUAGAAGCAGCGGAGAUAUGCUAAGCCAAGGGGGCGGACGACCAGAGAGGCGUAGGAAGGGAAAUAGGCGUUUUAACAAUGGGAAAAGACCUGGAUUAAAGAAUAAGUUUGACUCCAACCCCUUCUCCCAGUAUAACGGGAAUAUCUAUGAAAGAGAUCAGCUCUAUUCUCCUUCAAAUAUUUACUCCGUAGAAGAAUCCCUGGAUGCAGUAGAAAAUCAAGCAAACAAUAAGGAUCCCUCCGGAAUAGGAAUCGGAGUGUUCCAGGAUGUUGGACUUGUCUCCGAAUCUGGAUUCCGUCCUAUUCUUCCUUCAGAUAAUAAUUCUCCAACCCUUGCCUUUAGUAUCUAUGAUAACCCGGAGAAAGACGCUCUAAUAGACACUGCUAUGGAUAGAAUGGACUCAUUUCAGGGCCUGGAGACUGAAGUAGGAGAUAGAGGAAAUAUUGUUGUAAAUAUCCCAACCUCUGUUCUACCCUAUACACCCAACCUAUCAGAUCAGGAUCAAUUAAAUGAUCGUUUUUACCCUGAAGACUAUGCUGGUGAUUAUGACUACGACGAGAUGGACGGAGACUACUCGGAAAUAAAUCCAGUUUAUAGUCUUGAUGGCUUGGUGCCGAACUUAAGAUUUUCCCGCGACAGUUCUCCAGAACAUGCGGGAACAUUAACUGAACUAAUUUUGGCGGGAAAUUCAGGAGAAAACAAGAUAGCGGAAAAUUCAGCGGAGAGCACAAUGCAGUUGACACACUUUAGAUCGGAAACUGCAGAUUUACCGUACAUUCCUAAAACAGGAGUUCAAAGAAGUUUAAUGGUUGAUGCUCCGAUAAACAGUGUUUACCGAGUUCUUGAUAAAACCACAGAUGGCAAGAUGGACGUUAGUGACAUCAAGGAAGACGAUUAUGAAAAUAAUUCAGCGGAUUUUCAUUCAUUUGAAACAAUAUAUAAUCCAGCUGCAGAAAUCAAGGUGGGAAAUGUUCAAGAUGUUCUUGUAAAAACCAGUGAUUUGGAGUCAGGAAAACCAGUUUUACUCAGUGUUGCGAGUUCGUUUUCUUACAGUGACAAUAAAACUCCUCAGAUAGCACCGCAUGCGGUUGGAUCAGUCAGUGCUCCCCAAUAUAUUCUGGAAACAUCUGGCCUAGAUAAUGGUGGGAAUAGCUCGCCGAAUACAGGUCAAAAUGUUGUCUAUGGAAAGGGUGUUGACCAGCCCCAUGGUCCUCUAAGCCUGCUGGAGGAGGUGGAUGAACGAAUAAAGGAUAAACUGGAUCUGCUUCACCAAACUAGCGGAGAUACAAACAUGGCUGAUGUUGUCGAGGACUUCUGGACGGGCAGAUAGAUGGCAGAUAAAUGGCAGAUAGAUGGAAGAUAUAUAGAUAAAAAAAAACAAUUUGAAAUUUAGAUUUGUUUAAUUUUAGUGCAGCUUUUUUACAGGGUGUGCCGGAAAAAUAGUCUAUACUGGGACACCCUGUAGUUAGAUUUUGUUUAAACUUAGUGCAGCUUUUUUCCAGGGUGUGCCGGAACACCCUGUAUAAUAAAUUUUGUCGAGGUUCGUCUGAAACCAAAUAUUGGUAAUGGUGAUAUUAUAAUGUGUGCAAUAUUAUCUAAAGAUUAAGUAACUCCAAUUAAAAGCAGUAUAAAAAAAUCAGAAUAAUUGGUUUAUUUUUGAAAUUGAAAAUAUUCGUGAUUCUUUCUUUUUAUUACGAAACGUCGCAAAAAGAAAUUUGCAAAACGAACUGAUUUUUUUUUAUAUGAGCUUAUACUGCUUUGGUAAUAACAUAUUGACAUUUUGAAAGAUGAAAAUAAAUUUGCUUUUGGGGUUUGAAAUGUAUUUUCACAUUAUAUAAAAAAAAAAUAAUUUCACUGCUUAAUCUC